UUGGUAUCUCCCUCUUCGCAUUGUGUUGGGCGUGUUUUGUGUAAAGCCUCUGUUAUCAAAUGCUUUGAUAAUAUCAAAAAUAAUCCCAAAAAUGGGUUUUAAAGAUAGGACUUAUCUUUAUUUUGCUUUACUGAUAUUGUUUAGUGUUUUUGUGAUAAGUGCAGGCCAGAAUUUUUGGAAAACCACUCAAUUUAACACUGAAGAGCCUGAAGAUAAACGUAUCAAGAUAAUAUGGUGUACAAUUAGCAGAGCAGAGCAACGGAAAUGCAAGAAUUUUGCCAUGGCAAAUGAACGCGACCGAAUCAGAGUGGGCUAUGACUAUUUUAACAUUGAAUGUUUACAAGCAUUUGAUAAAGAAGAAUGCAUGAGUCUACUAGAUCAAGAAAAAGCCACUCUUACCACCCUUGACGCAGGGGAGGUGUUUGUUGGUGGUCGCUACAACAGUCUUGUACCCAUUGGCCAAGAGGUUUUAGAAGGGGGACUCCAGCAUUAUUAUGCCGUCGCAGCGGUCAAAAAGGGGACCCUGACCCACGUUAAUUCGUUAUUUGAUUUAAGAGGAGUCAAGGCUUGUUUUGCAGGGGUUGAAACGUUCGCUGGAUGGGUUGUUCCAAUAUACACAUUGAUGAACGAGGGUGGGUUAGAUGUUGUAGAUUGCAAUAAUCACGUCAAGUCGGCCACGAAAUACUUUGGACCAUCAUGCGCUGUCAACUGUCUCACCAGCAAAUACAACCCCAUUGGAGACAAUUCCGAUAGGUUGUGCCAACUUUGUAUCGGAAAAAUCCCCGGGGGACGGUGUACCAGCUCAGAUCCGUAUUCGGGAUAUGAGGGAGCAUUCCGUUGUCUCUUAGAAGCUGGAGAAAUCGCCUUCGUGAAACAUACGACGAUUCCGUCCCUUGUAGCUGGUGACAAUUUUGUGUCGAUAUCAAAAGAUUCUUUUGAACUGUUAUGCAAGGAUGGUAGCCGACGUCCCAUUGACGAGUACAUGUCGUGCAAUUGGGGCAAAGUCCCAUCAGACGCAAUCGUGACAACAUCAGCGUCGUCUUUUGAAAAACGGAAAAUUUAUCAAAAAUUCCUUGAAAAAGCUGCAAAAAUGUAUAGUUUUGGAAAUCAGAAUAAUGGGACAAACCGUUACGAUGAUCAAAACCGAAAUUCCUACGAUAACAGACAGCCCCAAUAUGACCAGUUUGGGAACAGGAUUGAUCAGUCCAAUUAUGAUCAGUAUGGAGGUAGACCGAAUCGGUAUAAAAGGCAGAAUUUCGGUGAUUUUGGCACUCAAAAUAGGCCUCAAUAUGACCCAAACAUUCCUCAGUAUGAAGAAAAUAGGCCGCAAUAUGACCCAAAUAGGCCACAAUAUGACCGCAACAACAAUUACAAUCCAUAUGGACGCGAUCGGCCACACAACCAAAGUGACUAUAAGCCAUAUGGAGAAGACAAGCGUCCAUACGAUCAUGAACCGGGAAAUAGGGAUAGAGGCCAGGAAUAUCCGUUUGAUCCACACUACUUUAACAGAGAGGAAUAUGGAGAAAAUAUUGACCCAUAUGGAAAUAAAAGACAACCAUCAGUCUAUAAUAAUAGCGUUCCCGACUACUACGAUUACAACAGAAAUAAUACGUUUUAUGAAGUUUUUAAUUUAUUUGAAUCAUCGCCACGUUAUGGGAUUCACAGCAACUUAUUAUUUCAAGACAUGACUCGGGACAUUGCACCACUCAACGAAAAUUUGCAGACAUACUCGAACUUUUUGGGCAGUUCUAUGAACAUAAUUAUGGGAGUUAGAGUGUGUCAGGUCAACAGGAUGACUCUGUGUGUGACUUCAGACGUUGAAAGAAACAAGUGCAUAAAGAUGAGGACGGCCUUAAAAGCCCACCUCCUCAAGCCAGAAAUGGACUGCUACAAAGGCCACUCGCAAAUCCAUUGCAUGCAAGCCAUCAGGUCGGGUCUAGCUGACGUCGCAGUUUUGGACGCCAGCGACGUCUACACAGCCGGUUUAAACUUCGACCUCAUUCCAUUCAUGAGCGAAAUGUACAACUUAAACGACCCCGAAUACUAUGUGGUGGCUGUGGCCAAAGAAUCAGAUCCCUCAACCGAGCUGACGUACCUUCGAGGAAAGUACACUUGUCAUGGAGGCAUCAAUACUGCCGCCGGUUGGGUGUACCCCCUUGCAUUUUUAAUCAGUAAUGGGUGGAUCCGGCCUUACGGUUGCAACAGUAUUAGAGCUGCGGCAGAAUAUUUCUCAAAGAGUUGCGUCCCGGGAGCGCUGAGCACUGAAUACAACACUGGCGUGCCGUAUGACAACAUGUGCCACCUUUGCCACGGCGCGAGCUUCCGGUAUUGUCGCAGAGACGCCUCGGAGGACUACUACGGCCACACGGGGGCUUUCAGAUGUUUAGUGGAAGGUGGCGGUCAAGUCGCUUUUGUCACGCAUACUACAGUCACGCAAAAUACCAACGGAAAAAGAGAAGAGUGGUGGGCGAGGGAUAAUCUAAACGACGAUUUUGAGUUGCUUUGCCCUGAUGGGACGAGAGCCGAAAUCAAUGAAUACGAAAAAUGCAAUUUGGGAAAAGUCAAGGCGAAUGCGAUCGUAACCCGAGGCGGUUAUGGGUACAACGACACACAUGUGAAUGCGUUUAUUAAUUUAUUUUUGUACGCCCAGAAUUUUUACGGACGGAAGACGACCGAUGAAUUUAGUUUCAGUAUGUUUUCGUCAACGCCGCCUUAUACCGAUUUGAUAUUUCAAGAUGCGACGACUCAAUUGAAGGUCAUUCCCCCUGAAAAGCGUCACUACGCCGAAUAUCUCGGAAGUGACUUCCUGCGGGCACGGAGGAUCGUUGAUUGUCAUGCCGGAAGUGCCUCUCUAAGUGCCUCAAUCACGCUACUUACGACAAUUGUCGCUUUUGUUAUUGCUAGAUGUUAAGUUUUUAUAGCACUUUUUUCUAUGUUUUAUGUACAAAUUUAUUGUGAAACCGUCCAUUUUAUCGAGAUUUUAUUUAUGUAAAUUCCGUCCAUUGGUUUUUUAUCUUUAUCAUUCCAGAUAACGGAGACGAAAAUAAUUAAGACGUAAUUAAAAUACUUAACGAAA